CCCAUUGGAAAGGAAUUGAAUUGUCUUUAUAAAAUAGAAUAAAGUAACCAAUAUCCGUAUAAAACAAACUAUUUUUUACUUAUUUAAUUAAAUUUUAAUAGGAUAUUUUGAUCUAAUAUCAGCUGUAGUUGGGCUAACAAAUUAAGGUGAAAUUCAAGUGAAUAGAACAUAAACAUUAGAAGGAAAAAAAAAAAGUCUUCACAAUACCAAAAAUAUCCUUCCAACAAUGAACUAAUCAAAUCCUACACACAUAAUCAUUCACUAAUCUUUCUUAUUAUACAACACUAAUGAAGUCUAUUUUACCCUUUAUUUGUGAAAAAAAAAAUAAAUAAAACAAUCAGCCAAAGAAUUUCACGUGCAAUAUAUGCUGUAGAACAUUAAGGGGCCUAUAAAACCCCCAAAAAUGUUUCUAAAGAAAGCACAAAAACAUUAACUUUGAUAUAUUAUCUUUCUUAGUCUAGCUUAAUAACCAUCCCACUUCCUUUUGUUGCCCAAAUAUAGAGAAAAAAAAAAAAAAGAGCUUGCUUUGCAUUUGGUGGGGCGACCCAUUUUAUAGCGAUGGCACUAGAAGCAGCCGUUUAUCAACAAGACCUUUUUAGCCAUAUUAAUGGCAACAAGGAUAAUUUCUACCCUUUAUUAUUAGAACCUUGGUUUGAUAAUAAUAAUAUUACCAAUAUUAAUUACAAUAAUAAUGAUACUUUUUUUUUUUAUGAUUGUAACAAUAUUAAUGAUAGUUGUUACUUAGUUGAGAAUAAUAGUAAUAAUAAUGAUACUAAUCAAGUAGAUUUUGAUUGGCAUUCUUAUUAUUAUUCUCAUCAUGGAGUAGUUAAUAAUGAUGAUGGUAUUAUUCCUCCUACUUCUAGUGUUGUUAGUGAUUUACCACCAUUGAAUAGCUACGAUCAUGAGUGUUGGAGGUUGGCUAACUCCUCAUCCCCCGACGAAGAGCGCGAGCCAAAGGGGGUGGAGGGUUAUGAUGAUGGUGUUGCUAUGGAGAUGGUGAUGAGGCCGAAGCAACGACGUCGUGCUAGAGCUAAGAAGAAUCAAGAGGAGAUUGAGAAUCAAAGGAUGACUCACAUUGCUGUUGAGAGGAAUAGAAGGAAGCAGAUGAAUGAGUACUUGAAUGUGCUUAGAUCUUUGAUGCCUGAGUCUUAUGUUCAAAGGGGAGACCAAGCUUCAAUAGUUGGAGCAGCAAUCAACUUUGUAAAGGAGCUAGAACAUAACGUACAAAAUUUGAGUGCAAAGAAGCAAAUGAAAGAGAAUCUCGAAUCAAACGGUAACUCAUCAAGCUCAACAAUGCCCUUUGGAGAGUUCUUCACCUUUCCACAAUUUUCUAGCAAUAGCAACGUUGAUAAUGAAGAUCAAACAAAGGCUAGCGACGCAACAAGCCCUCAACAACUUGAUCAUGCUAGUGUUCGAGGUAGUGGUGAUAGUGGUGGGUUGGCCGCGGAUGUAGAGGUGACAAUGGUUGAGAGCCACGCACACCUUAAAAUAAGAUUAAGGCGUCCGCCUAAGCAGCUAUCUAAGCUUGUGUCUGGCUUGCAUAGUUUGAGGUUGUCCAUCCUACAUCUUAAUGUCAACACUGCUGAUGAUGGAGUUGUCCUUUACUCUUUUAGUCUCAAGGUAGAAGAUGAGAGCAAACUAAACUCCGUGGAUGAAAUUGCAAGAGAAGUGUACCAAUUACUAGGUAGGAUUCAAGAAUGAAGAGGCUAGCUAGCUAGGUUUUUUUUUUUUUUUUUUUUUUCCUUUUUUAAAUUAUAUGUAACUGUUGAUUAAUUAGUCUUUAUUUAUGUGUUUCUUUAUAAAAGCCAGCAGUACUCUUAUUAGCUGGCUGUCCAAUUAUAUUUCUCCAACCAAUCUAAACAUUUUAAUCUUUUUUCUUGUGAUUAAUCAUGUACUAGCUAGCUAGUAUAAUGUCUGUACUUCCCAAUUGCAAUUUGUGGCUAAUUUUAUGGUCGCAUAUUGUCGUUUAUAAGCAAGUAAUUAAAGCAUGUCUCUCGUUAUUUUGCUAGAAAUUAUAGUUUUGUGCAUAAACUAAAUUGCUUCAUUAGUUUUCCCUCUUGAUCUCUCAUAAUUGUU